CCAGUCCAACCCCACCCCUGUCCGUCCUAUAGAGGGGAUAUUCUCUAAAUUGUGCAAAUUUAGAGUCCCCGCAAGUAAAAGAAGUAAGAGCGGGGAAGCGGGGUGAGGUUUUCAGUCUGUUUCCCUCCAGAGGAAAAGGCACUUCGGAUCACAAGGGGAUUUUAUUUAAAGUAAGACCGGGCACCAUAACAUAGCGAACCCUUUACUGCCUCAACACCGCAAUGGCGUCCUCUUCAUCGUCCAACGCCGCCGGUUACGACGUGCCCUGGGUUGAGAAAUACCGGCCAAACAAAGUCUCCGAUAUCGUUGGCAAUGAAGACGCCGUGUCUCGGCUCCAAGUCAUCGCUCGCGAUGGCAACAUGCCCAAUCUCAUCUUAUCCGGUCCUCCUGGAACUGGUAAAACAACUAGUAUUUUGGCUCUUGCUCAUGAGCUUUUGGGGCCAAACUAUAGGGAGGCUGUUUUGGAGCUAAAUGCAUCUGAUGACAGGGGAAUAGAUGUUGUCCGGAACAAAAUUAAGAUGUUUGCUCAAAAGAAAGUAACUUUACCUCCUGGACGACACAAGAUAGUUAUCCUGGAUGAAGCUGACAGCAUGACAUCUGGUGCACAACAAGCCUUGAGGAGGACAAUGGAAAUAUAUUCAAAUUCUACUCGUUUUGCUCUUGCUUGCAAUACAUCAUCAAAAGUUAUUGAGCCUAUUCAGAGUAGAUGUGCACUUGUCCGAUUUUCAAGGCUAUCUGAUCAAGAGAUUCUAGGCCGUCUGAUGGUGGUUGUAGGUACUGAAAAGGUUCCGCAUGUUCCAGAGGGUCUUGAAGCUAUCAUUUUCACUGCUGACGGUGAUAUGAGGCAAGCAUUGAACAACUUACAAGCUACAUACAGUGGAUUUCAUUUUGUCAACCAAGAAAAUGUUUUCAAGGUUUGUGACCAGCCUCAUCCAUUGCAUGUAAAGAACAUGGUUCGCCAUGUACUUGAAGGGAAAUUUGAUGAUGCUUGUUUGGGUCUGAAGCAACUCUAUGAUUUGGGGUAUUCUCCAACUGAUAUAAUCACAACACUUUUCCGAAUAAUAAAAAAUUAUUAUAUGGCUGAGUACUUGAAACUGGAAUUCAUGAAGGAAACAGGGUUUGCGCAUAUGCGAAUCUGCGAUGGAGUUGGUUCAUAUGUUCAGUUGUGUGGUCUUCUGGCGAAGUUUUCGCUAGCCCGUGAAACUGCUAAAGCUGCAUAAGCUAAAGGUGGUUAGUAAUAAUAGAACCCGCUGCGUGCUUCAUCCUGAUAUAUAUAUAUAUAUUAAGCAAUGCAUUUGGAGAUGUUAGGUAUCAUAUGUAGGAGUAGGACCUUGUGUUGACAGUAAUACUGAAGUUGCUUAUUGCAUGGGAACUCGUCGUGGUUCCAUGGCUCUUGUAUUUGUUGCUAGUGAACGAUGGUGGAGAAUGUUUUGAUGGUUUCACUUAAGAAUUUGAUGCCCUUUUCUUCAUAUGGACAUUUUAUCUCCAAAUGUUAA